GCAAAAAAGAAGGGAGUAAUAGUUGAUGAAACUUGAAAGUUGAAACAACUUCAGCUGUCAUUUUAACCAUUUUCUCUUUUACCGGGUUUCUUCUAUCCUUGUCUCUUUGAUUUAUCAUCCACCCAAGUUACUAGCAAGCGCCGCCAUGACCGAUGAGGAAGCUCUCUGCGAGGCAGCUCGAAAGGGAGACUUGGACAAAGUGAAAUCAUUAAUAGUGUCCGGAGUGGACGUCUCAUAUUUCGACUGUAACGGCCUAAAUCCACUAAUGCACGCCGCCAGGCACGGCCACGCACAGGUGGUGACGUAUCUCCUUGACGCCGGCGCUCCGUGGAAUGCCCUUUCUCCUUCCAAUCUAUCUGCCGGAGACUAUGCGAUGGAUGCUGGCCACCAAGAAGCCUUCGACGCCCUCCUCAAUGCAGCAUUACAAGCAGAAAUGGUGCUUGGAACAAUUGCUAGAAGAAAUAAGAACCAGGACUCUGCUGCUGAUUAUUUGGAAGACAGGGUUAGUUUCAGUGAGGAUAAGAUUAUGGAUGCUGAAAGCAAAGCAGUUAUGAUGGCUUGGGAAAAGCCUUUGAUGGAAGCUCAUGCAAAGGCAGUUUGCUCAAAUGGCGGUCACAUUUUGAACAUUGGGUUUGGAAUGGGGCUCGUGGAUGCUGCAAUCCAGCAGUAUGCACCUUCUUCACAUACUAUCAUCGAAGCUCACCCCGAGGUUUAUGAUCGUAUGAUACACCAAGGGUGGGGCAAGAAGGAAAAUGUGAAGAUCAUUUUUGGUCGUUGGCAGAAUGUUGUUUCAAAACUUGAAUCUUACGAUGGUAUAUUCUUUGACACUUAUGGAGAGUAUUAUGAAGAUAUGAGGGAGUUUCACCAAUAUCUUCCUAAAUUGUUAAAACCUGCUGGCAUCUACUCAUUUUUCAAUGGACUCUGUGGAGGUAAUGCUUUCUUCCACGUUGUUUACUGCCAGUUAGUUUCUCUGGAACUUGUCAGCAUGGGUUAUACUACUCAGUUCAUACCACUACCAGUGAAAGAUUGCUUAGGUGAAGAAGUCUGGGAAGGAGUUAAACACAAAUAUUGGCAGUUGGAUACAUAUAGUCUCCCUGUUUGUUAUUCUGUCGAUGAAUCUGAUUGAAUUUGUUUAUAGGGGAUUUUCUGAACCCCACACAUGCCGGGAGUAUUCAAUUCCAAGUUACUCAGUGUUCUUUCAAUACUGUAAUACUAAGGUUCAAGCAAAAAUCACUUGUUGUAAACGUUGCAGCAGGAGACAGUGAGACACGUGUCUUAUGAUUGUCAUUAUCAAAUUAUAUUAUCAAGAUU